AGGACGGAGGCUGCCGGGUCACCGGUGCUGCAGGGAAAUUUAGCUCUCCAGAAAUACCAAAAAAGCGGCUAAGUUUUGUUCAGAAUGCGUCCGUAAUCCACCGACUUUCUUCUUCAAAAGGGGAGGAAAUCUAACCUUCUGAAAUAAGCUUCGCUAUUUUUCUAUUCCUGGAGAGCUUUAAUGCGCCUCGUUUCCAAAACAUGAUCGGGAGAGGAUUGUUCAUCUUGACGAUACUGUCAAACUGCGUUCUGUCAUUGCCAGUGACUUCAAGUCAGCUGGAGAAUGAAGACGUAAGGGUGAUGAAAUGCAUUGUGGAGGCGCUGGCAGAUGUGCUAUCAAGGCCCCACCCCAUGCCUGUCAGUCAGGAGUGUCUGGUGACACUGAAGACAGAUGACAGGCUUGUUACUAUCCUUCGUCAUCAUAACUUUCUGAAGGAGCUGCAGGAGAUUGCCGUUCAAGGUAGUCAAGAGAGAGCUCAGCUCCCACGAGACGCUGGCAUACUGGACCAUGUGACAGAAACUCCUCAGACCACAGAUGAUGCAGUUGAUCGAUCCAUGUUGGAGGCUUUAGGAGGCCCUGGUGAAAGAUCUAUCCUGUCCCAGAAGAGGAAGACAGGAAAUGGGGAUAGAGAGGAAGAAAAGGAUGAGAGCCUGGGAGACGGAGAGUCACAGGAAGACAAUGACACCGGAGGAGAGUUGCAAGCAAAGAGGGAGAAUGACGAGAACCCGAGAAGUCACGUCUCGGAUUCUGUGGAUGACUGGAGUGAGGGCACGGCUGAAAAGAAGGAGGAAGAAGAAGACGAAUAUGAAGAGAAACGAGAAAACUCAGAGGAGAAUUCAGAGGAGGAAAAUAUGACCGAGGAUAAGAAAGGUGCAGGAUCUGAUGAAAAGAGAGAUGUAACCAGAAACACUUCAAAAGAGAAGAAAUUUGAUGACGAAGACAAGGAGGAGAAAGACGAGAGAUCUGCACUCUUCUCACACAAAUUAGAGGACAAAGAAGAGGAGCCGGAGGAGGAAGAGGAUGAAAGGGAAAUGAAGAGAGGGAGCAGGGAGAGCCUGAAGCGAUGGACCAAGAGGGCCAAGGGACUGACGUUGAAGAAGAAAGCGGUCGGGAAGGAGGUGCAGGAGCUCAACAGUCAGCGGGAAGUGCCUCAUCAUUCGAAGGAGGUCACAGAGGAAGACGUGGUCAGGAAGAAAAAGAGUCCGGAGGAGAAGGAGCUGCAGAUGAUCGCUCGAAGGGCACCAGAGGAGAGGAGGGGGUCGGAGGAGGAGGGCAGCGCCAGCCGAAAGUCAGAGGAGCCGGAGAUUGAAAGCCUGGCAGCCAUCGAGUCAGAGCUUGAAAAUGUUGCCCAGAAACUCCAUGAGCUGCGGCGAGGCUGAGAGAGAGAGAGAGAAAGAGAGAGAGAGAGAGAGAGAGAGAUCGGUACAGGGUUGACGCCGCAACCUCCUCUGCCUCCUCGUCCUCCUCCGCUUUACCAGCUGCCUGGUUUCCACAGAUAGAGUGUGUGAAUAUGUGACAAGAUUUUAUCUUUCGCUAUUUUUCUUGAGGAUGUCCACUUGCACCACACUGCUGCAGCCUCCCUUGUGACACUCUGUCGCUCACAUAGAUUAGCAUACGGUAGAUGCACAUUGCAGCUAGACACUGAAAACAUACAAAUACAAUACACAGAAACUCACAGCAAACGCUCUUAAAGGAAUAUUUCUCCGUCAGUGAAGGAUGACAACUUGUUUUCCUUCAUUUUCUCUGACAAUCAUCUCUCUCUUUCUAUAAAUGUAUCUCGCCUGCUUUUCAAAUUAUUUUAACACUGCACAUUGAUUCAUGUGAAAUGCUGAGGCAGAUCCAGGUAUACACACACCGACAAGGUGAGGUUGUACAGUAACGGCAUGUAUACAUGUACAAAGCUUUUUCUGGAGUGCUUACUUACUGACAAAGAUGAGGAAGAGGACAUAGAUGCUUAUUUAUUAUUAUAGACACAGUGGACUCUGAUCAAGCUAAGGCAAUAAGUGAAUAUUUUUAGCGGAUAAAUGGCUGGAUUGUAAAACUGUACUGAAUUUCUGUAAGAAGAUAAAUAGAUUGAAUAGCUUAUCUGGAAAUCUCUGUUUGAUAAAUCCUUUUAAUGCCUCUAAAAUCAAAUAAAUAUUUGCAUAAUAGAAUUAAUGCAAUAAACUCAGCAUACUAACACAUUUACAACUGUGUA